AGCAGGCUGGAAGACCACCAGGCUCGGAGGACGCAGUCGCUCCGCAGGGCGCAGAUGAUCGCAGGCGGCGUGUGCGGCGUGGCGCUCGUCCUGGUGCUGGUGGUGCUCAUCCCGGCCAUGGUCAACUCCGCCGGGACCCCCACCCGCUACGAGAUGCUCGGCUCCUGCCAGAUGCUGUGCGACCCGCACGGGACCACGGCCACCGCCGCGGCUCCGACGAAGGCGCUGGAGCCGGUGAAAGACGCGCACCGCCUGGCGCAGUCCCUGCCAACCUUCAUCCAGGGGCCGCAAGGCGAGCCCGGACGCGUGGGGAGAAUGGGUCCGAGGGGUCCGGUGGGCGAGCCCGGCCCUCCCGGUGCCGCCGGCCGGCCCGGAGAGAGAGGGGCCCCCGGUGCUCCGGGGCCACCCGGUGCGAGUGGACCCACCGGGGCCAUCAGCGCGGCCACCUACAACACCGUCCCAAAGAUCGCCUUCUAUGCGGGACUCAAGAAGCAGCACGAGGGCUACGAAGUGCUGAAAUUCGACGACGUGGUCACAAACCUGGGGAACCACUACGACCCAUCCACGGGCAAGUUCACCUGUUCCAUACCCGGGAUUUACUUCUUUGUUUACCACGUGCUGAUGCGAGGCGGGGACGGAACCAGCAUGUGGGCCGACCUGUGCAAGAACAACCAGGUCCGAGCCAGCGCCAUCGCCCAGGACGCUGACCAGAACUACGACUACGCCAGCAACAGUGUGGUCUUGCACCUGGAGCCCGGCGACGAGAUCUACAUCAAGCUGGACGGAGGCAAGGCCCAUGGGGGCAACAACAACAAGUACAGCACCUUUUCGGGCUUCAUGCUGUACGCCGACUAAACCCUCCACUUGUUGCUCCUGCUGCUCACGCUCCAGCACUGGGAUUAGUACUCCUAUGUUCUACCCCAGCACUGGGAUUAGUACUCCUAUGUUCUACCCCAGCACUGGGAUUAGUACUUCUACGUUCUAGCCCAGCACUGGGAUUAGUACUUCUACGUUCUAGCCCAGCACUGGUAUUAGUACUUAUGUUCUACCCCAGCACUUGGAUUAGUACUUCUACGUUCUAGCCCAGCACUGGGAUUAGUAUUUAUGUUCUAGCCCAGCACUGGGAUUAGUACUUAUAUUCUACCCCAGCACUGGGAUUAGUACUUCUACGUUCUAGCCCAGCACUGGAAUUAGUCUACCCCAGCACUGGGAUUAGUACCUCUACGUUCUAGCCCAUGUCAGGUUUGUGUUCUUCUGGGCAGGUUUAGUGUCAUCAAUUCCAGAUGAUUGCUGUUGCACAGGUGUGUGAUGACGCAAUACCACAUUAAUGCUGCCAACUAAUACUACUAACCUACACACGAACACCAAUACUCACUUCUUUCUCUGGAAAACAGUGAUUAGGAGCAAAAUAAAGA